GAGAGAGAGAAGAGCUUCUCUUUCAGGUUUUGGAACAAUGGGUGCCGGUGGAAGAAUGUCUGCACCCCCAACUCGCAAGAGUGCAGAAACUGACAACAUCAAGCGAGUGCCACACUUGAAACCUCCAUUCACUCUCGGCCAAGUCAAGAAAGCCAUCCCACCUCACUGUUUCCAGCGCUCCGUCAUCCACUCCUUCUCCUAUAUUGUCUACGACUUCGCCAUCGCCUCCAUCUUUUAUUACAUUGCUUCAAAUUACAUCAACAACCUCUCAGCACCUCUCUCUUUCUUGGCAUGGCCAAUUUACUGGGCUCUUCAGGGCUGUGUCCUAACUGGUGUCUGGGUCAUUGCACACGAGUGCGGUCACCAUGCCUUUAGCGAUUAUCAAUGGCUUGAUGACACAGUUGGCCUGAUCCUUCACUCCUUUCUUCUUGUCCCCUACUUCUCUUGGAAGUAUAGCCAUCGCCGCCACCAUUCUAACACAGGUUCCCUUGAGCGAGAUGAAGUCUUUGUCCCGAAACAGAAGUCUGCAAUGGGAUGGUGGUCCAAAUACCUUAACAACCCACCAGGCAGAGUCCUUACUCUUGCUAUCACACUCACUCUUGGCUGGCCUUUGUAUCUGGCAUUCAAUGUCUCUGGAAGGCCCUAUGACGGCUUUGCUUGCCACUACCAUCCAUAUGGCCCGAUCUACUCUGACCGUGAACGUCUGCAGAUUUACAUUUCGGAUGCUGGUGUUCUUGCAGUCUGCUACGGGCUUUACCGUCUUGCUGUUGCAAAAGGGCUUGCCUGGGUCCUGUGCUUCUAUGGAGGUCCCUUGUUGGUGGUGAACGCGUUUUUGGUCUUGAUCACAUUCUUGCAGCACACCCACCCUUCAUUGCCGCACUACGAUUCAUCCGAAUGGGACUGGUUGAGAGGAGCCUUGGCAACUGUUGACAGAGACUAUGGGAUCUUGAACAAGGUCUUCCAUAACAUCACCGACACUCAUGUCGCUCACCAUUUGUUCUCAACCAUGCCACAUUAUCAUGCAAUGGAGGCCACAAAGGCAAUCAAGCCAAUAUUGGGUGAUUAUUAUCAGUUCGAUGGAACCCCGUUUUACAAGGCGAUGUGGAGGGAAGCCAAGGAGUGCAUCUAUGUUGAGCCUGAUGAAGUUGAUAAGAAAGGUGUCUUCUGGUACAAGAAUAAGCUGUGAUCGAUCUAAUAAAUGUUGUCGAACAUGCAUGUUUGGAAGCUUUAGAGUCUCUAGUCAUUGGACCUGAGCUUCCCUGUCCUGUUAAUGUAGGUUCCUUUAUGCUGUGUUGAACUACUUAUCAUAAUAGUCGUGUGUUUUCCAAUAAUCCUUAUGAGCCGUAAUGUUAUUUCAGGAACUAGGUUUAUAAGCUAUGAUCUGGCUCAUGUUCUUGUCAUCGAUGUAGUUUGUUUGUGAAGUAUAACCAGUAGGACGCCUAAUCCCAAACGGAACUUGCUUGUCGAUGUAUAUUUGGAAAUCCGGUGAAUACAAGCAAGACAAUGGUGUUGCCGUGUUGGUA